CUGCAGCUGCACACCGAAGGAGCAAAACGAGGAUCGUACAAGGAUGGAGAAAGUCCUUCUGUUCAUCUGCACCGCAUCAGCUCUGUGUGUCGUCUCCUCUCUCCCUGCACGUCAGUACCAUUUUGUUUAUGAUCCGAAGAACUGGACUGAAGCUCAGAGUUACUGCAGAGACAUGUUCACGGACCUCGCAACUAUAGACAACAUGGAGGACGUGGAGACCCUGAACAACAUGGCCGAUCUGGAUUCCUACAAAUAUAGAGCCUGGAUCGGGUUGUAUAAUAACGUGAGCAGCUGGAGUUGGUCGAUGUCUGACAGCGGUUUCUAUAAAGAUAAUGAAACUCAGCUCAGGAACUGGGCAUACAAUCAACCAGACAAUUUUCAGGGCCGCGAAUGCUGUGUAGUCAUGGUUGCUAAUGGAGAAUGGAGUGAUGUACCCUGUAGUCUGCCCUUCCCAUCAGUCUGCGCUGAUGUCAAAGGGCAGGAAGUCACAUUUACCUAUGUUACCGAAGAAAUGACAUUCCCUGAAGCUCAGAGCUACUGCAGAGCUAACCAUACGGACCUGGCUUGUAUAAGAAACAUGGCAGAGAACCAGAAGAUUCACAAACUGAUACCUGCAGGACAAUCAACCUGGAUCGGUCUUUUUAGAGACUGCUGGAAGUGGGUGGAUGGAAGCAACUCUUCAUUUACCUACUGGAAUACUGACGAGCCUGGUGGAGCAGAUCAAUAUUGUGCAGCAGCAUAUUUUGCAGCUUCUGGAAAAUGGGCAGACUGGACCUGUGAAUGGAAGAGAGCCUCUAUCUGCUACAGUGCUCCUGUUUUAAAACAGGUGGUGAGAGUGAAACUGAAGAGAAGCUCGUUUCUGGAUCUGGAUGAUGCCGCUGUGCAGGAAGACUUGCUGAAGCAGCUCAAACAGAAACUGAAGAAUCAGGGAGUGAAGACAAGCAUCAAACUGAGCUGGAGGACGCAAAACGAUGGAAAGAUCUUCCACAACGAUAAGGAGCAAGACAAGUUUUAAUCAUAAAAGAAUAGCUCCAUAAAGGAUUUACGUCUCCUUUGACCUUUCAGAGGCUGUUUUUGCUGUUUUCUUCCAGGUGAUUGUCUCCUACCAAGUAGAUUUCUUUAGCCUCGAUAUUCUGUGAUGAGUUCUGAAAUCAUCUGUAGUCAUUUUUACUGUGCAAGUUUGAAAGCAAAAUGCUGACUCAGCUAUGUGGGAGUGUGUCUAAUUUCUUAUCAAGUGUACGUACAAAAUAACAUUAUGUUAACAGGAUGUCUUUCUACAUAAAUAAUUAAGAGAAAUGAAUAAUGGGGAUACAUUUGUGAGUAAAUUAGUUGGAAUUUUAAAUAGUUAUUUUAUUUCAUUUUUACAGUACAUGCAUGUACUUUACACUCUUAAUAAUGACAUUGUGGCUGAUCUUUAGUGUAGCACAUUAAAUUUUUAUUCCUGUUGGAACACAAUAAUAAAACAUUUAGUCCCUG